CAUUCACUUAGAAGGCAGUGGUCUUUCCGAAAAUGUUGCGUCUCGCGGUAUUCGCUAGCUUCUUCAUCCUCAUAUCGGGUGGUAAAAUUCCCCGAUUGGGUCUCAUCCCUGAUGGGCGAAUCGUUGGAGGUGUACCUACUACAAUUGAAAACUUUCCUUAUCAAAUUUCAAUGCGUUUUUACGACUACCACCGCUGCGGAGGAUCAAUCCUUAAAGCUGAUGUUAUAAUUACUGCAGCCCAUUGUGUAUACGAGCUUCGUCCCAGUGAUCUUGUGAUUGUAGCAGGAAGCACCUUAUUAUCUAAGGGCGGAGUGUCAAGUCAAGUGGAGAAGAUCAUCGUUCAUGAAGAUUACGAUGCUUGGGGCUUUGACUACGACAUUUCCCUUCUUACAGUGAAAACUCCAUUUGAUUUUUCAGCAUCUAUUCAACCAAUCGAUCUAGCCAGUGCCAAGGAGGAAGUGCGAAGCGGAACGAAAGUGGUCGUAAGUGGAUGGGGAUCUUUGAGCGAAGGCGGAUCUUCACCUGAUGUCCUUCAAUAUGUCGAUGUGUUUGUUGUAAGUAACGAGAAAUGUGCUAGCGACUAUUCUGGAUCGAACGAAGUUACGGAUCGAAUGCUGUGUGCCGGCCAUCCAGAUGGAGGACGCGAUGCUUGUCAAGGAGACUCUGGAGGUCCAUUAGCUGCUAAUGGAAAACUGUACGGCAUUGUGUCCUGGGGAAUGGGUUGUGCACGACAGGAAUACCCUGGAGUCUAUGCCAAAGUCGCCGCUUUCCGUGGAUGGAUUUUGGAUCAGCUAAAAUUGAGUACAAGCGCUCUAUUCGCCAUGUACAAAGUGUUGAUUCCAUUUCUCUUGGCUGUGUCCACUAUCUUUGGAGCCAGCAUCGGCCCAAAGGGAUUAAUUCCCAGGCUAGAUGGAAAGAUAGUCGGUGGCGUAGCAACAACUAUAAAGGACUAUCCUCAUCAAAUCAGUUUAAGAUACUACGGUAGCCAUCGUUGCGGAGGAUCUAUAUUCAAGGCCGACGUUAUCAUAACUGCUUGUCACUGCACAAUCGGCAUAGCUGCGAGUAAUCUUAACAUCAAUGCUGGAACAACGUACCGAACUGUCAAUGGUCCUGUCUCACAUUCUAUCAAGAAGAUUAUUGAACACGAGGACUAUGACGGCUGGACAUACGUUAACGAUAUUUCCAUUAUGUUCCUUGAAGAGGAACUGUCAUUCACGGAUGAAAUCCAACCUAUCCCAUUGGCGAAUGCUGGAGAACAAUUGAAAGCAGGAACUAUGGUACGCGUUACGGGCUGGGGUACCCUUCAGUCUGGAGGAAUGGCUCCAGAUGAAUUGCAAGUUGUCUAUGUGAGCACGGUUGGAAGGGAGGAGUGCGAAAAGGCUUAUGAAGAAAUGAAUGAAAUCGAUGAUUCGAUGUUAUGUGCUGGUGAACAGUUUGGAGGCAAGGACUCAUGCCAAGGUGACUCCGGUGGACCACUCAUUUGUAAUGGCAAGCAGUACGAAAUUGACACAGGAGACUGCCCCUCUUCAUCAGUCAAGAUGUUCCGUUUGGUAAUCCUCUCAAGCUUGCUGGCCUGUGCCCUGGGCCUUGCCAUUCCUUUGGGGAUGGUUCCAGUUCCCGAUGGUCGUAUUGUCGGAGGUCAGGAGACAACAAUCGAGAGUUUCCCUCAUCAAGUCAGCAUGCAGUACUUCUCUGCACAUCGUUGUGGUGGUUCCAUCUUCUCCCAAAGUACCAUUAUCACCGCUUCUCACUGUGUUGACGGAGUUAUCAAGAGUUUGACUAAAAUCGUUGCCGGUACCAGUUCGAAGUCAUCAGGAGGAUCUUCACAAUCGGUUGACAAGAUCAUCAUGCAUGAAGGCUACAACAGCAAGACUUUCGAAAACGAUAUCGCCAUCAUCAAAUUGAAGGGAUCCUUCGCUUACAGUGAUCAGAUUCAACCAAUUGGUUUGCCAGCUGCUCAAGAGGUUAUUCGAGGCGGAAGCAAGGCUGUUGUGAGUGGUUGGGGAACUUUGACUGAAGGAGGCAGUUCUCCAAGCAAACUACAAUAUGUUGAGGUUCAAAUUGUCGAGAAUGUUGACUGUGCUGUAGCUUAUGCGGGACAAUAUGGAAUUUCGGAUAGUAUGUUGUGUGCUGGAGUACCUGAAGGAGGCAAGGACGCUUGCCAAGGUGACUCUGGUGGCCCAUUGAUCAUUGGAAACAAAUUGGUUGGUGUUGUCUCCUGGGGUAUUGGAUGUGCCCGAUCUGAAUAUCCUGGUGUGUACUCUAAUGUUGCCUAUCUUCGCAACUGGAUCGACUCGAAAGUUUAAGUGAAAUCCUGCAAAAAGUAUAUGUAGUACAGAAAAAUGGAUAAUAUUUUCUUUUGGAAAAUGUUCCCUGAAUAAAUUAAGGAAAGUUUCAAAACUCCUUUCGAAUAAAAAGAAGGCAUGAUCAAAAACAAA